AUGUCUUCUACCAGGCGUAUCAAGUCUGAUCCUCUGGGAGUCGUGGAUACUCGCCUCACUGACUCUCACCUGUUUUCAUCUUCGUUUACCCCAGCUGCUGACACUCGAGUCACCUCUGAAUCUCGUUAUUUAUUUGCAUCUGAUCUUGUACCCCCCACUGUCAGAACCCCAGUCACUACCGACGCCCCUCCGAAUCCCCUUUCGCCGUCCUUUGCUACCUUUAGUGCUUCUGGGCUGGAUGGGCCUACUGACAUGACGACCCAACAGACCAGUCUAAAGAAAAAGCGUGGUUUCAGAGAACUUCAAGAGGCAUCGCUUGGCCUAGGCCUCAGACAAUCUUUUCCUCGCUUGGUUCUGGAUGCAGCUGCAGACAAGUACGUACUUGACAACAUUGGUGACCCGUCGAACCUACAUGAAUCACUUGCACCAAACGGUGUCAACAACAGCAUACACGAACCAGUACUGCCUCAGGCCACUCCUCAGGUCACCGAGAACCUGUUUCUCAGAGAUAUGCCGAAUACUAAGGAGUUUAACUACGAUUGUUUUAAAGAUUCGCCCGAGGCAGACUCGCCCAGAGGACGCUCUAUGUACCGCGAAUGUGACAAAAGUCAAUCACCAACGCCUCAAAAAGAUAAGAGAAACCCACUCAAGCCUCCCAUCGCAGCUCUAGCAAACCAUCACCCAGCUCCAAAUGUCAGCUCCCUCAAAAGAUCUGGCAAUCGUGUCCCGGUGCCUCGAUCAGUCCAUUUUUCACCUCCUCGUCCUCAGAUCCCGUCUUUGGCAGCACAACGCCCAUUGCCCUCGGUUGAUGGCACCCUUUCCUCUCAGCAGAAGCACCCUGGUAAAUGGAAGGGUAUCCGCCGUGUAACCCCCCACCGAAUCACUUCACCUCGUAGCCCCAUGAACAUGGCCUCUGAUCAGACUUUCCAGCUUCGGGAUCAUGCUCGCGUGCAUCCUCCUUCUCCCCCGGGUCUACCAAAUGCAACACAUGUCGAACAUCCGAGAAACACAUCUGGUACUCUCGCCACCAAUGAGCCAAAGGGCGUGAGAGAAACUCAGAAGGUCCCUCGCGCUAUGGGGGUCUUGUUUGGAAUUUACAGACCCCGAAAACCACCUCGUGGCUCUGCCCCAAAGUAUGUGUUCGUCGCCAUCGCGUCCCAGACGUCUGAACCAGAUGGAAAGAUGCCUCGUUUUGCGCCCAAAUUUGAACAAAUUGCCUUUCAGCCGCCCCUUGAUGAAGUUCUUUGCCAAUUUUGCAUCAUCAUUCCUGCGAUUUUGACUACCAUACCUGUGGGUCUCUCUUUCUAUGCCCUCCAAUACGUGGGAAACACUCGCAUCGGUGCUGUCAUCUUGAACUUUAUCAAGACUCUUUUUUCGGCAUUCUUCUCCGUCUUCAUUCGAGCAAUGAAAAGUCGUGGCCUAGGAGUUGUUACCCGUGCCAAUGUGGACUUUCUACCCAAUAACUCUUCUUGA